AACAGCCCUGACACAUGCUCGAGCUGUGUGUCUGCCCUCCUCCUGGCCAUCUAAAGGAGGAUCUCUUGACAAAGUGAGAGAAGCAUUCGCCUGUCACAACUGUCUCAGCAAGUCGACGUCCCCCUGAAGACACAAAGGUAGACGCAAAUCCUCUAAAAAUGUCAAGCUCUCUGGUUGUGUGUGAAGUGGAUGAAAGUCUGAAAGAAAAACUGAAAAAGUUUAGAUUUCGAAAAGAGACCAACAAUGCUGCAAUACUAAUGAAAAUAGACAUGGAGAAACAACUUGUUAUCCUUGAAGAGGAAUUUGAGGACAUCUCCCUGGAUGACCUCAGAGAUGAGCUUCCAGAGCGCCAACCCAGAUACAUUGUCUACAGCUACAAAUAUGUCCAUUCAGAUGGAAGGGUGUCUUACCCCCUCUGCUUCAUUUUCUCCAGUCCAAUGGGGUGUAAGCCAGAGCAGCAGAUGAUGUACGCAGGCAGCAAGAAUCGACUGGUCCAGGCUGCAGAGCUCACAAAGGUCUUCGAAACAAGAAAUGCUGAUGACUUGACAGAAGAAUGGCUGAAGAACCAGCUCUCAUUUUUUCGUUGAACAUGCAUCUUCAAAACAUUGUAAAACAUGACUAUCACUUUCAUUUUCAGUUGUCUGUUAUUGAUUUAUUCUAAAUGGCGUUAUUCAAUAAAGUAAUUUUAGCAGUAAA